AUGUUAGAAAAUAAAAUGUCAAAAUUUGAUGUUCGCAUUAAUAUGUUGGAUAAAAAAUUUGAUUUUAUUAUUGAAAAAUUAGCACCUGAAGCAUUACCUAUUAAUUUACAAAGAUGUGAAGAUAAAUUGGUCAUACAAGACAACGUAGAUAACGAUGAAAAAUUAAAAAAUAAUGUAAAUUUAUUAAAACACGAAACUAUCAUUGGUAAAGUAACACAACAUUUUUCUAAUCCUUGUGCUGAUAUGGAGUAUGAAAAAAUUGGUUCGGACAGUGAAAAUUACUAUGACAUUCCUGAUGAAUUUGAAAAACAACAUGUGAUCAACCUGGAAUCAUUAAAAAAUAAUGUUCAUGAUAGUGUUAGUAAUAACCAUGAAAAAUUAUCAGUUUCGAAAGGGAGAGAUGUUUUAAAUUUAACUAUUGAAGAAGAUGUUCUUUCAAGUAGCAGUUCUGUAAUUGAUGAAAGUGAAAAAACUAGAGUUAAAAUUAAACCUGUUGAAAAUUUUCACUUUAAACCAGUUGAUAACAAUAUUAAUGGAAAUUAUAUUAUGGAUACAAUAAUAACUGAAAAAAAUUUUCAACAUAAUGAAUAUAAUAAUAAUUGUGAAAAAAAGGCAAUAGGUGUUAAUGAAGAAUAUCGAAAACCAGUUGAAAUGCAUAAGAAUUCUCAUUCUAAUAUUUUAUGGGAAAGUGAUACUCCAUGUUUAUUAUUUUGUCAUAGUUCAGAAAAUAACAAAUUUAAUUUAAUGGGGGACACAAAGUGUAAAAUAAUUUCUAGUGUCUCAAACGACUAUUAUACAUUAGUUUUCAGUGGAUUGAUUCCUGAUAAUCUAUUACUUGCUGUAAAAUUAGAUGAGAACAUAGAUUUCAAGAUUAUGGGAGAAAAUCAUGUAAUGUUUAAAUUUAUUCAUUUUGAUGAAAAAUGUGAAGAAGUCAAGAAUCAUUGCAUUGAAUUCAAGAGUAGGGAAUAUGUCGACGAAUUUAUUAAAGUUAUCUGCAAUUUAUGUGGUUGA